AUGCACAUGAAAUUUUGCAUCAAGACCACACCGCUGGUCUGUAGUCGAAGCCUGUGUCCCGUUGAACGAAGUCGCGCAGGGCUUGUCUCUCAUCCGUUGAACAUGUUCCGCCUCGCGCCUGUGCUGAUUGGAGCGGCCUCCGCAGUCUACCUCCGCAGCAACGUCUCCCACGCCAGCAUCCACGCAGCUUCAAGCCUGUCCUUCUACCAAGACGAGCCGCAGUGCCAAUGCGUGGCCAACAACCCGAACUGGAAGAAGACCCAGCGUAGUGAGCCCAAAUGCAUCUUCAUCGACCUCGGGGCCGCUGAUGGUAACACCUUUGCCAAGUUCCUGGAGAAUGAUUACGGCAAAAUCAAGGAGUGCCCGUCUGGCAAAUGGGAGGCCUUUUUGCUGGAGGCGAACCCUCAAUUCACGAAGGAGCUCAACUCCCUGCAGGAGAACUUCCCGGGCCAGGUCCACUCGCUUGCGGAGCAUGCUGCCUUCGACUGCGAGGGCACCACCAGCUUCUUCAUUGACAAGGAUGCCUCGCACAACCACUGGGGAUCCAGCAUGAUGUCCGAUGCACCGGAUGCGGUCAAGAGCGGCAAAGUGAAGGUGACCGUCCCAAUGACCAACAUUGUGCAGCUGAUUGCGGAAAACGUGCGUCCGGACGACUGGGUUAUGCUCAAGGUUGACAUCGAGGGUGCAGAGUACAAUCUCAUCCCUUGCUUGGCUCAAUUCAGCGAGGCUGGCCUUGUGGACAGGAUGUACCUGGAAGAGCAUUGGUGGUUCCCAUCCAUCACAGAAGCUGCUAAAGCUGCGCUGGCUGAUGGAAAGAAGCAACUUGUGGCCAAGCAUGUCGACAUCCCGAACUACUACUCGGAGACCUGA